AUGGUGCGCGAUGAAGGCAACAUCGACAUCGAGCGCGUGCGCGACGCGCUGCGUCGCGUCGCGGCGCUCACGCCGUGCGAGAACAUGGACAAGUUCAAGCCCCCGGACAAGCAGUCCGUCGUCGUGAUCCUCCACGACGCGUUCACGCGGUUCGCGAGCUGUUACCACGCGGCCGUCGACGCCGCCGACGGCGUCGAGGUGCGGCGCGCGCCCUCCUUCUUUUUCUUUCCUCUCGACGUCUCGUCCAGGUCUCCGCAGCCGUGUUUCCCCCCGCCGAGCCGACUGACCGCGCCUCCCCUCCCACGCCGUCCACAGCCCGCGGAUCUCGCGCUUCUCCACGCGGAGUUCACGCGCCUGAUCAUCGACGUCCUCGUCGGCGCCCCGGCCAAGCACAAGAUCGUCGCCGACGCGCUCGUCGCCGGCGUCCUCGACUCGGCGCUUCGCGCGUCCACGCCGCCGGCGGCGCGACGCGACCUCUCCGCGCUUCUGCUGACGAUCGCGUCGACGCACCGGAAUAACGCGACGACGCUCGCGAAGCUGAUCGACUCAGACGACAUCCCGGUCGCGAGCGGCGCCGGGAAUGUGCACACCGCGGGGAUGCCGAAGACGAUGGCGAACGUGUUCGCGACGCUCGCGACGGGCGCGGAUUUCCACGCGCAAGUCGCAUGCGCCAAGACGCUCCACCACUGCGUCGACGCCGGCGGUCUCGCCCUCGACGUCGUCGCGAAAGGCUUCGGCGAAGCGCGUCAGAACUUCGCGCAGCUCGCGACCGAGUUCGCUGGCGCGGACCUCGCGCGCGAGAGCGCGGGCUUCGACGAGGGCGCGCGCGCGCUCGUGAUGAACGUCAACGCCGCGCUCGGCACGAGAGCGCUCGUGAAGACGGCGACGGCGAAAAAAAUCGUCACGAACCUCGGCGACGCCAUCGACGACGCGCGGGUGCACUUCAACGGCGUCCACGGCAUGUCGUUCGAGUCCGGCGGUGAGAACAAGCGCGUCGUUGACCUGACCUGGGGCGACGUCGUUCGUUGCGUCCGCGUCGACGGCGGCGUCGUCCUGUGCAUCGGCGUUCGCAAGCCCCCGGCGGGGGUCCCCGCGGACGUCGUCGACGUCGAAGACGACGCGUGGAUGUCGUUCGAGUUCACGAAGACGACGUUCCCGGUCGUCCGCGACCGCAUGAAGUGGCUCUCGCGGACGCACGGCGACCUCUUCGCCGGCGUCGUCGGAAGCGGCGGCGCCGGCGGGCGCAGGCAGAGCGGCGGCGGCAGCGCCGCGUUCGGAAGCGUCCAACUCGGUUCGGACGCGGCGGCGCGGGUCGGCGUCGGCGUCGGCGUCGGCGGCUCGGCGCGCCUCCCCAAGAUCGCCCUCAAGCCGGUCGAUCCCACGCCGCCGGUCGGAACGCAGGGGACGCUCGGUUCGCGGUCGUUCGCGGAGGACACGUUGCCAGAGAACAAGCCGCGGAGCGGAGAGAAGAAGAACGUCACGUUCGACGUCGACGUCGACGUCGACGCGCCGCCGCGAUUUACGCUCUCCGCCGUGGACGCGAGCGGGGGGCGCGACCGCGAGCCGUCGUCUUCGCCGCCGUCGCAGCACCGAGCGCGCGCGAUGUCGCCGCCGUCGCCUGACCGAUUCAACACCGUCGACGACAUCACCGGUACGGACCCGGACGCGAUCCCGGAGUCCCCCGCCGCCGCCGACGUCGGCGGCGGCGACGAAGAGACCGAGGUCGUCGUCCCCUCGUCCCCCGCGGCGAAGGCGUCGUCGUGGAAGAAGGCGACGCGCGCGGCCGCGAAGGCGGCGGAAGACGCCCCCGCCGCCUCCGCCGCCGCCUCCGCCUCUCCCGCGGCGAAGAUGAACGGUCUCGAGAAGCUCCUGAGCUCUGGGUCGAAGUCGAACCCGACGGAGACGACGCCGGAGAAGAGAGGCGCCCCGCCCGCGGCCUCGCCCGCCCCGCCGGAGCGCCGCGCGACGCGCAGCCGCACGGCGAAGACGCCGCCGCCGAUGAUGGAGACGCAGGGCGUGCCCGAGGACUCGGAGACGCAGGGCGUGCCCGAGGACUCCUCCAGCGACGAAGACGAGGAGGAGGAGGAGGAGGAGGAGGAGAAGGCGCCCGAGCCCGAGCCCGAGGAGGAGGAGGAGGAGGAGGACGCGUCCGAUCCCGAGAUGGAGAUUGCCCCGCCGAAGCGAAGCGGACGCGCCAGGGCCACGCGCGCGUCCACGCGCGCGAAGGCGAAGGUCGAGGCGCCCGCGCCGAGGCCGGCGAAGAAGCAGAAGACGCCGAAGUGCGCCGCGUGCCUGAAGAGUCGCAAGUCCGCGGCCUACUGCGCGGAGAAGGGGCACCUCGACGAGUCCGCCGCCGCGGAACCGCCGGCCAAGGCGAAGACGAAACGCGCGUCGGCGAAGACCGCCGACCUCGACGCGCGCAUCAAGGCGGGGUUCAAGAGCGCCGACGAGUGGGACGCGUCGAUGCGAAAGAACCGCGAAGAGCAUUUCACGCUCCGUUCCGAGGUCGAGGGAGACGAGAACACCGCGUGGUUCAACAAAGCCAAGCCCGCGGGAAUCUUGAGUCGCCUCAAGACCAAAUCGUCUCCGAAGCCGCUCGCGUUGACGACGGACGCGUGGCACGACGCGGUGACGUCCCCGAACGCGCCGCACGCGGAGAAGCAGCGCGCGAAGUCGAAGGGCAAGGGGUCGUCCGCGAUGAUCGCAGAGCAGCACGUGUGCACGCCGGAGGAGGAGGCGACGCUUCCCGCGCCGCCUCCGUUCGAAGACGGCGACGGCGACGGCGACGGCGACGGCGACGGCGACGCGAGCGAACGCGUCCCGGACACCGCGUUUAAGACCGCGGCGGCCACGAAGACGCCGCUCGGGGCGCGGAUGCUCGGCCGGAAGAAGCGCGAGGCGCUCGCGGCGACGGCGAAGCGGGAGAGCGCGGCGAAGUCUCCCGAGCAGAUUAAGAUCAAGCUCGCGAAAUUCGCGCCGGCGGCGCCCGCGGUCGACUUCGCCGCCGUCGACGCGUCGCCGCUGCGAGAGGAGGAGGAGGACGCGUUCGUGUUCCUGGCCGCGGACGAGGAGCCCGAGCCCGAGCCCGAGCCCGAGCCCGAGCCCGAGCCCGAGCCCGCGCGCGCGAAGGCGCGCCCCACGCGCGCGGCCGCGGCGAAGGCGAACGACGCGCUGAAGAAGACCGCAGCGAAGCCCGCGCGCGUCGAGGAGGAGGAGGAGGAUGACGACGAGGACGAGGAGGACGACGCCGACGCCGACGCGUUUGAAUUCGGCGACGGCGACUCUCCCGCCGCGGUCGACCCGCCGGCGCCGAAGACGGCGCCGCCCGCGUCCAACAAGCGCGCGAGACGCCAGGUCGCGGUCGAGGCGCCGACGCCGACGCCGACGCCGGCGGUGGACGCGGCCGCGGCGGCGGCGGCGGCCGCGCGCGAGCGUCGUCAAGCCGCCGCCGACGAGGCCGAGGCGCAGCUCCGGAGAGAGCGCGCCGCCACCGAGGCGGCGAACGCGCGCGUGAGGGAGGUCGAACGCGAGCUCGCGGAGUUCCAGGCCAAGGCGGCCGCGCGCGAGAAGGAAGCCGCGCGCGCGCUCAAGGCUGCGCGCGAGACCCCGGCGCGGACGCCGGAGGCGACCAUACCCGCGGUGCGCACCGGAGGGAAGCAGCAUCUGCGCGCGACGAAGAAGCCGGCGAAAGCGGCGCCCGCGCCCGCCGCCGCCGCCGCCGCGACGGUUCUUCGCAAGCGCUCCGCCGCGGCCGCGGACCUCUCCGACGACGAGGAGGACGACGAGGUGGAGGAGGAGGAGGAGGAGGAGGAGGAGGAGAACGUCGCCGCGAUGGACCACGACGAUGUCGACAGCCUCGGUCUCACCGCGAGCGAGCUCGACGACGACGGCGAGCUCGGCGGGUCCUACUUCGACGACCUCGAUCUCGCCGCGGGCGCGAAGCGCCGGUCGACCGCGUCCAAGGCGGCGGCCGCGCCCGCCGCGCCGCCACGCCCGCGCGCCGCCGCGAAGAAGGCGGCGCAGCGGCCGCCUUCCUCGAAGAAGACGGCGGCGGCGACGCCGCCGCUGACCGGCGCGGCGAAGGACGUGGACGACCUCGAGGGGCUCGUUCAGGUCGCCAACGCGCUUCGAAGGAAGAAGCGCGACGAGGCGAGCCACAAGAUCCACAAGGUCGUGAAAGACCUCCGCGCCGAGACGGAGAAAGCCGCGACGGGCUUAGACGCGGCCGCGGAGGCGCAGCGCGCGGCGCACGAGCACGCGCUGAGGGCGCAGGCGGAGGACUCCCGCGCGCGGUUCGCGAAGCUCCUCGCGAACGCCAACGCGGCCAACGACAACUUCAAGGAUGAGGCGCGUUCUAUACACUGGUUCCCAUACGACCGCGUCGACGAUGUGGACGCCGAUCCUUAA